GCAACGUCAGCAUCUCACCUGGUGUGUUGCCAUGGCAGCGCCUGACAAUGACGGCAUGGCGGCUGCUUGUGCAGCUCUGGUUGGCUUCUGGACAGCUUGGAGAGACUCCGGAGGAGGUUCGGUACAUCGAUGGAAUUCGGGCAGAUCCCGGCCGCGUUGACCUCUACAAGAAACUGGCAAGCAGCCUUUUCGAGCGCGGAGCCUUGAACGAGUCCGCACAAGUCUACGAGGCUGCGCUGCGGUUGAGACCAGCCGACGCCAGCUUGCACUUCAACCUGGGCUUUGUCCUUCACGAGCUCCCCAGCGCAGCGCAGGAGUACGCAGACGCACUGAGGCUGAAGCCAGACUUGGGGGCAGAGGCCUGGAGCACCCUAGGGGUUUUGUUGGCGCAGCUGGGCAGGUACCGGGAGGCUGAGCAACACCUCGCCACGAGCUUGGGGCAAAACGUGAGCGCCCACGUGCUCUACUCCCAGUCGGUUGUCCUCUGGAAGCGAGGGAAGUUGGCAGCCUCGGAGGAGCACCUCAAGGCGGCUCUGGAUCUGGAUGCUCAGAUCCUGCACACAGAGGAGGGCCCCGCCGUGGAGUUUGACGUGGCCGUCGAGUCCGUGGCGGAGCUGCAGGAGCUGCUGGUGGCGAUCUGCCGCUGCCGCGGGGAGUUCCGACCCAAGGCGCGGUGCGACGGGGCGACGGAGGGGCGCCUGCUGGCAUUGGCGGCGGAGGUGGAGUGGGACCUGUGGCGCCAACUGCCCGACGCACUGCGUCAGGAAGCCCUGCAGCAGGAAGCUGUGCCCCAUACGGAGAUCGUCGAUGGCACUGUGCCGCGCGGCUCCCUGCUGAAGCUGAGGAUCCUAGAAAACAAGCGCUUCCUGUGGGAGGUCGUUUCGAAGUGGAGAGGUACAUUUGAAGACUGCGCUGUCAAUGGGCGGGAGGUGUUGGUGCCCAGCUGGCUGGUCGAUUCGGGCGCCAGCGAGGCGCUCUGCGAGGACGUGCGCAGGAGAGCGCCCGGCGAGCGCGAGUUUGUGGUGAAACCCAUCAACCUCGCCUUCGCUCAGGGCACCUCCCUCUGGAACCUCUCGCACCUGGACCCGUUGCCGCAAGAGGAGUGCCUCAGAUCCUUCCAGAGCGUUCUGGCCGCGAUGCAGCAAGGCAUUUCGAAGCCCGUGGAUGAAGUCUUGGUGCAAGAGUUCGUUCACAGCCUUCGGCUGAAAGGCCGGAAGUUGGAGCUUCGGGCCCACGUGCUGGUGGCCUCCAGCCGGCCCUUUCUCGUAUUCUGGGAUCCGAAUCUGAUCUUCAAAUGGGCUACUGCGCCAGAUGGGUGGAUUCUCAGUGGGCCCGCUUCAGCGAGGGAAGAAGCACCCUACGAAGAGAUGGCAAACCAUUUCGGCGGUGCUGCUGAACGAGUGCGAGACCAGAUCCACCAGCAGGUGGGGCCUGGCAGUGGUUCUGGAGGCGCUUCUGGCAGCUACGGCCGGAGAUGUGACGUGGCCGGCGGACGCGCCAGAUUCUUGGGAGAUCAUGGGGGUGGACUUUACCAUUGCGGAGCUGAAUGGCGAGAUCUCUAUCAAGGUGUUGGACUGGAAUUACGGGCCAGGACUGGGUGUUGGACUACAAAUUCAGAGUGGCCAGGAGAGAAGCCUAUGGCUUUCCUGCAGGAGGCCUACCGCUUGCUGGGCAUGCGGAAAACGCUCCUUCAGGGCGGCGUGAAGUCGCGGCUGGAGACACUUUUCGAUGGCUCCGCCUGGGAAAGCCGCCCGCCGUGGUGCAUUUGAAAGAGGCGUCGCUCUACGGAGGACAUCUCCAACUUGGGGUCGUGCCAGCGAGC